CUUCAAUGUUGCCAGCAGAACCAGACUAGUAGCUGCUAGUGCAACGAAACAGACGUGUUCGUGUUGUUAGUAAACAAACAACAAAUUAUUGAAUAUUGAUAAAUUUGCUAGGUUAGGUACACACCUACCUCAUCCAUCUAUUGAAAUCUGAGAAUUUUCGGAAAUGUGAAAUGAUAAAUCCAGUUUUCAAAUGUUACUUUGUUAUACUUCUACUUGCUUUCUAUUUUACUGUUGAACAGUGCACUGCACAACAUAAGAACUCUUCAACUACAGAGGACACCAAAGACAAUCAGUAUCAUCCCCUUGGACCUUUAGUAAAAUGCAGUUAUUUGCCAAUGGAAUUUUUGGAUUGUGAGGAGUUAGUGGAUCAUAAAGAAAAUGUCACUUCUCAAGCAGAACUUGGAUAUGGUUGUUUAAAGUUUGGAAAUUAUCGAUAUGAGGAUGUAGAACGAGCCAAAGUUACAUGUGGUGCUCUUCCUGGGAUCGAAUGCCAUGGGCCUAGGUCAUUUCUCAAAGAAGGAUUUCCCUGUGUAAAGUACAAGGGACACUACUUUGUCACCACCCUUAUGUACAGCAUUUUACUUGGGUUUCUGGGGAUGGACAGGUUUUGUCUAGGCCAGACUGGUACAGCCGUAGGGAAGCUGCUCACACUGGGAGGUACAUUUGAUGUACGUCACGUGUCUGGGAAUGACCAACUAGCCGAUUUCCUGACGAAAGGCCUACCAGUGUCCAGAUUGAAAACCCUGUUGGAGCGUGUUAGUUUGAGGGCAUAUUGAAAGAAACUAACUUGCUCAAUGUCUAUUUCCAAUCACAUGGUUUAUAAUUAAUUAAAUCAUGUGUAUGAUUGUUUUAUCUUAAAACAUGUUUCUGUAAACAUAGUUAAUAAUAAAGUUUAACAACUAUUAAUCAAUAAUAUUUUCUUUCUUUAUUUAAAAGUAGACUAUUGUAAAGCCUCAAACUCAUAUAGUAGGGUGACUUUUCGUACAGACAAAGCCGAUGCCUUG